CCCAAACAGAUCAUUCUAAUUACUAGAAUAAAAGCAAAUGCAUCUAAUACUCGUCUAAAAGAUAAAGAUUUGUUAUAUAAGAAAAAAAAUCAUGGGAUGGGUUAAGUUUAAUCUUUCUCUGUCAAUUUUCUUUAAUGCCGUCGCAUUGGUGGCGGGCGCUAUGGCAUUAGGUUUGCCGUUGUGGGUUAUUAUAGAAAAAGAUGAAGGAAUGCUUGUAGCAAACGGUACUAGAAAAAUAAACGCUGGACUAUUCUUAAAAAGUGAAGUAGUCCAGUUGAAAGUGAACAACUUGACGCAUGCGCAAUGGGAUGAUGAGUCGUGGAGAAGCCAUACUGGAAGAACAUUUGAUGAAGAUGAUAUGACAGCAGUUAAAGCAACUUUGAUUACCGGGUUGAUCUUUGUAAUAUUGAGUUUAUUCACAUCUAUUAUCGUCUGCUGUUGUUACAAGAAGAAGCAGUAUCGGAGAUUUAUGAUCAUAUCAUUUGGAACAAUCGUGGCAACAAUUAUUGCAGUUAUACUGAUUACGACUGGACCUAUUGUGUAUGUUACGAAGAUCGUAAAGGACUACGACAGAAAAAUAUUGUAUGUGGGAUUUUGGAUGUGUGUGACGUCAUCUGUAUCAGCAGGAAUAUCGGCAUGCUUUUCUAUAGCGACGUUCCUUCUUUACCGUCAGAAGAAGCGCGGUAGCAGUCGUGGACACACUUCACAUGGAAUGCCAAACAACGCUUUUAACUGAAAAAUCACAACCGUCCAUCAAAUGCAAACUAAAGUCAACAACUCUAGCACAAGAUAAAGCACGAGUUUUAUAUAAAAUGGUGUUCGGUUUAGAAUGUUGAGAAAUCCGCAGUUAGUUUGUUUUAAUACUAGAAUUGUCAGCAAUUUUCAUUGAAGAAGGUCCCUAUAUUUUUAAUAAUGACGUCAUGACUGAUAAACAUGUAAUGCACCUUUAAGUUUCACUAUUAACACGGUAUAUGUUCCUCCUUGUUAAUAUGAUUGUGUCAUUAUCAGUUGAUUUUAUAUUAAAUGUUAGAUUUGUAUGAAGUACGUGGAGAGCCAAAAACUAUUAUAUAUAUUUUGCUAUAACACAUGAACUUAAUAUAUAGAGAGCUGAUCUUACAUUCAAACAUAGUUUUUCGUUUGUUUUAUUGUUUUUUGUUUUUAUUCUUUAUAUUUUAGCUAUAUGAUUCAAUUGAAAUUAAAGUUGUCACUGGAUGGACAUAGAAAAAAUU